ACAUCGAGAAGUGAAAGGUAGAAGGGCGACAGAGUGUUGUUGAAGAACGUAUUCGUUAUCAUUUCUACGGUGUUCAAUUGUCCAAUACGGUCACUGGGAUUGUAUUUGAAUAAAUGGAUUGGAUCUAAGCAUCAAAUGAAGGCCAUAGAGGGAUAUAUCGCAAGACUCAGUAUGUUUUACUUUCUUGGCAUGAUUUUUACUUGGCUCAUAUCUUAUCUUGGCUUCAUGAUAGAUGUCACAAGGAUGGAGCUUUUCACUUCCUGUUUGAAGGGUACCUAAGAAUACAGAAGUUAUGAGAACCUCCUGAGACAAAAAGACCCAAGGAGAAGAUGCAUAAAUGUUUGAAAUGGCACUGUACUUUGUUGGCACUUCACCAAGGUGUUCUUGGAAGAAUGUUACCAUUCUUGGCACAGAGAACAAUAUCAAGAACUGUGAAGUCACAUAAAAGCGAAAAUAACCUUCCAAAUGGAUCCCAAAGUGAUAAAAGCAAAAGUCAGCAACGUAGUGGAAGUAGCCUGUCGGGAAAGAUUAAAAACGAAACACAAACCCCAGUGCAUUCUACAGCACCGCCUCUGCCGACCACUUGCUGUAUGUCUGGUUGCGCUAACUGUGUGUGGAUAGACUAUGCGGAAGAACUGUCAAGGUAUUACAGCGAUGGAGGGAUGGAGGCCAUUGCUGCUAUAGAGAAAGAAGUUACUGAUCCAAGUUUGAAGGCUUACAUACUUAUGGAAAUUAGACUGAAGGGAUUAGGUAAAUAGAGAGAAAGUUUUUAAAAUAUUUUGUACAUAAUAUUUGCAUAUGAAAUUUUAGUCCAGGGCAAUUCAUUAUUUAUAUUUACUUAGAGUGGAGUAUGUUAAUUGAAUAUUUAAUUAUUUAGAUUUGUUUGUAUAAUUGUGAAUAUGAUUUUAUUCUUCUAUGUACAGGACAUUAUGGUCAAUAAUAAAAUAUAAGAUUUUACUCAACUUUUAAGAAAUGUAAUAUAUUCAUUAUAUUUUUCUCAAUCUAAUAAUAAAAAUGAAAAAGGC